CGGGAAAAGUUUCGCUCUCACUUCUCGAAAUUCAAUUUCUCUCUCAUUCCGAUCCAGAGGCUGAAAAUAGGGUUGCUAUGUGUGGGAUUGCUAGGUUUAUGUCUUUAAUUUUGCAGUCUCUGUACCGAUGCAUUUGGAGCUCAAACUGGUUUGUUUAUGAUUCCGUUCAAGGAAGUUCAAGUGCAAGCACAAUGCAAAGUGACAGAGAAAAAGUGAGAGAGGAGUCCAGAGCUGCUGGUAGGCAGCUCGACACUUUUGAUAACAUUGGUUUCCAUGGAAGCAUGUUUCCCAGCAUAUUUGGAGGGAAGGAUCCUUUCGAUGAUCCAUUCUUUUCUCGUCCCCAUGGGGCCUUGUUUGGCUCGCACAAGAUAAGCUCCGGUAAUCCUGGUAACGUGCAGCCUAUGAGCAGAUCAAAAGGACUAGUGAUAGAAGAGCUGGAUAGUGAUGCUGAAGAUGAGGAGAAUGAUGUUCGUAGUCCCUCUUGGGAAAAUAACAAUCCACUUGUUGAGCAUCCGGAUGAUCAGGAUGAUGAUUAUGGAAAGAGUCCCAGAAAACAAAGGGACGUGUCUUCCAGUGCAAAUCAGAUCAAAGUGGAACCAGAGAAACCACGGUCUCACAGUGUAAGCUUCCAGAAGGUGACAUAUGGUGGGAUCAACGGAUCAUAUUAUACAGCAACAACUUCUCGUAGGACGGGAAGCGAUGGAGUGACGUGGGAAGAGAGCAAGCAGGCUGAUCGAACGACAGGUCAAGCAGCUCACAAGGUCUCCAGAGGAAUUCAUGAUAAGGGGCAUUCAGUCACAAGGAAGCUUGGUUCGGAUGGUAAAGUGGAAAGUGUGCAGACUCUACAAAACCUAAAUGAAGAUGAACUUGACAGCUUUGAAAAAGCUUGGGGAGGCAAUCACUUCCGUGGUAGGAAUGAUUCAUUUGAUUUUCCUAAUAUCUCAGGGAUGCAUAGCAAUAGGCUUGGUCCAUUGGCAGCCUGGGGAAGCUUAUCCGAUCCAUUGCGAGAGCUGUCGCACACAAACAGACUCAGGAGCUUCAACCAGGAGCAACCCACGAGAGGAAGACCGAAAAAGGUGGUUACCAUAAACAUCGAAUAAACAAACCAGCAACAGCUGCAGCCAUAUAGUAUCAGUUUUUAAGUGGCCUGUAUGGAUAUCUCGAGUGUUCUCUUAGAAUCUAGGCAAAAUAUAUCCUUAAGUCCUUGUACUGUUAUUAUUUAUUUCAAUAGAUCCUUGUACAAAUUUUCUAUUUUAGUAA